AUGAAAAUCGUUGCGAAUUUUCUUUCGUCGAUUUUCAAGUGGUCAUUUGAUUUCGAGAAAGAUCAGAACAGAAGUGAAGCAAACGAAGAGCAAAGGAUCGGCAGGGGAACGCUUGAUUUGAAAAAAAAUUCCUUGGAGAACAGUGGAGUCUGGAGCUACCUCGGAGUGGAUAUAUUUUUCGUUUUAUCUGGAUUUCUAAUGGCAAAAUGUUUGAGUAAACACAAAAUCACCCCAAAAUCGGUAUUGUAUUUCUAUUACAAAAGAGUAAAACGAAUUGCUCCUCUAUAUUACCUCACGUGUUUUCUAAUCAUCGUUGCUAUUCAGUUUUUCCUAUGCGAUUUUUGGUGGAAAGCUAAUUAUCGUUAUUCAAUUGCCUCAUUAUUUUUCGUUACAAAUCAACUGAUUAUACAUGAUAGCGGAAAUUAUUUUGACGAGUUUCUUGUCGAUGGAUCUUCUCUCAACGCAUUUAUCCAUUUUUGGUCGCUUGGUGUCGAAAUGCAGUUUUAUUUACUUGUGCCUUUUAUAUUUUUGGGACUUCAACUUCUAAAAAGCAACAUUUUGAAACUAGAGGCUUGUAUAUGCAUGACCAUAUUCGGUUGUGCCGCUUUUUUGCUCAUCAAUGAACAAUUUGCUUUCAAUUUCAUGUUUCUUCGGUUAUGGCAAUUUUCGGCUGGAUUUGUGGCCCAUUUUUUAUCUGAAAUUGAAAGUUAUUCAUUUUUAAAGCCAUCUGACGCAACAAAUGCUAUUUUGCCUUUUUUACUUCUUCUAUUUCUACCAAGUCCGUUGAACUCAAAAUUUUAUCGACCAUUCAUUACCCUUCUAACAACGUAUUUGCUUUAUUUGGAAGACAAAGAGCAUCAAAUUUUUAAUUCAAAAAUUUUGAAUUACAUCGGGAACAUCUCUUACACCGUUUAUCUUAUUCAUUGGCCGAUCAUUACCAUAUUUGGAGGCGCUUCGAUUUCUGCAAAUUUGCAAUGUCUAGUUCUUAUCGCUGUAAUCAGCAUUCUAAUACAUCAUCUUUUCGAGAAAAAAUAUUUGAAAAUGGAAAUGAAAUCGAUUCUUAUUCUAAUUUCGACGUUGAUUGUGAUGAACUUUUUCUUACAAUCCAGUAUUCGGAAUCACGAUUUUUGGAAAACCAAUUACACGGAUGAAGAGCAAGAAUUGAUCGAUAAGAACACAGCGAUGCUACCGUACAGUUGGCUGGCAACUGAACACAGAGAGCCGUGUGUUUACCUGAACACGUUCGAAGAUAGCGAAGAAGCCGUGUUCAACCGAUUUGGCCACUGCGUGUUUCCAAACGGAAAUGGUUCACUCAGGAUAAUGGUCAUCGGCAACAGUUAUGCCAUGAAUUUUGUUGAAUCGAUCAGAAAACAGUUCAAUUAUAAUUACUCUACUUUUAGUUAUGUGGGAUUAUACGAAAACACUGGAAUCUAUGAGGAUAACCCGCUUUCCGCGAAAACUUUGAACAUUUCCAAACAAGUUUUUCUCGACGUUCAACCCGAUGUAUUGUUCAUUACAUCUCGUUUUAUGAAUCUUUACAUUCUUGGACCAUUUCCAUAUGAGAGUCAAAAUGUUCUUAACGGUUUCCUUCAAUAUGCGAUCAAGAAGCCAGAUGAUGUUGAAUUGCUCAAUUUGGACAAGAAAGUUGGCGAUCGACGCCUGAAAUACGCUCGAAAACGAUUAAGCGAAAUGAAGUGCAGAAAUUGCGAAAUAAUUGACUUGGCCCCACUUCUUGUGAAAAACGAGAAAUAUCGAGUUUUCGAUGCGGAUAAAAUGCUCUCAUAUCUUGAUAAUACCGUUCAUUUCACACAGGCUGCUUUGGACGUUUUCGAACCGGUUUUCCGGAAUAUCUCACAAAUUGUCAUGGACAAUUAUUAA